UUCUCCUCCCUCCUUUGUAAUCAUGAGUCUCCGUUUGCCAUCAUUACCUUCAAAAGCCUCUCUCUCUCUCAAUGAGAAUUGCAGACACAAACACGAGAGCUCCAUCUAUAUAACACCUCUAAAUCUCUUCCUCCCUCUCCACCCUUCUCUUCUUCCUGUUUUCCCUCGUCACCCUCUGCCCUGAUUUAUUACACUAACUGAAACUCACUUUGAGUUCCUCAACGUAACAAACAGAAAAAAAAUAUAUACUAUCAUGUGUCGGAUCCCUUCAGAACCACUCCCGGAAACCCUCGUGAACUCAGUUUCGUACCACAAACGAACAAUCAAAACACGCAACCACCCUCGCAUUCCCAGGCUCUGCAGGAGGAGAAGGGUUUGGCGGAAGAACAAGAGUAGGGGGAGAGAGAUUGAGAUCGAAAACCGGAGGCUUUACAUGGAGAAUCAGAACAUCAUACGUGAAAACGAGAGACUUAUGGAAAAGGCUCUCCUUCUUCACCAAGAAAACCAAGCUCUCUUUUCCCUCCUUCAGACCAAACUCUCCCAUGUUUCCACCUCUCCUUAGAGUUAGAGGAUCUUCCUUCUCUCCUCUCUUAGAAAUCCAUUUCAUGUCUCAUUUGUGUCCGUUCUUGCCUUCUCUCUUCUUCUUUCCUUUUUUUACCCUUUAAUUUUAAUUCGUUGAUUAAUAAGAUAUAGGCUCAGGAAAUCAAUGGAGUUUUGGUUUUUCAGGGGGCUUUUAUCAAAAUGUCUUUACAUGCAAUAGUUUUAAUA